AGCACUCCUUCUCCCCCUUCACGCUGAGCUGCUGGUGACUUGAAGGAAUUUAAUGGUAGAUAUCCGCCUGCCUACCCAGCCCUCCUUGGCUACGAGCUUUAUCCGUUUAGAUACUUUCAACAACGCCCACAACAAUAAUAGCUUCCCCUCAUCGAACUGAACCGUCCGCAUAUCCGCAUCUUCACCAUGGACUCCGCGGCGCAACAACGCCGCGAUGAAAUCCUCGCCAAGAAGGCCAAGCUCGCAGAAAUGCGGCGGCAACGUGAGCUUCGGAGAGAAACGUCAACGAGUCGGCAGUCACUCAGUUCUCCCUCAGACCUAGCACAACCAACCCCCAGCCGUGCCGAGCAAAGACGCGACGUUGAGUCCAUUCUCUCCGGCAUCCUCGGCGACAGAGACAGCAGACCAAGCUCUACGGGCCCUGGAUCGCCCGCCGGAGGCCGCGCAACGAGGCCCACGUCUGUGAUUAGUGCAGGACAACUGAGCAGCGACAAUGAAGUGCAGACGUCAUCGUAUGCACCUGCAGUGGGCAUGGUCGACCGCGAAAUGCAGACCCUGUCAAUAGCGCCCCUCGCCACCGUCUUUGAAUUCGACGCGGAGCCCCAGAAGGAGAUUAUCACGUACAACAAGGGGGUGCAAACUAGCUCGGAAUGGUCACCACUGAAGUCAAGGGGUGUGGGAGAUAGCGACGAGGAGAGAGAUGAGAGUCCGACGCGGACGCCGCGGGCGAGCAAGAGGCUGAGUCGGAGGCAGAAAGAAAGGGAUGACGAGAUUCGGAUGAAUCUGCGCAAGGAGAUUGAGGAGGAGAUCAAAUCUGCACAACAAGCUGGUCUGGAUGCAGGCGUAGCACAGGCGGGGUCGAAGGAGAAUUUUCCGUUCAAGACGUUGACUAAUGAGGAGUUGAAUGCAAUGCAGAGCUCUGAUGAUUUCUUCAGUUUUGUGGAGAGGAGUACGAAGGUAUUGGAGAGGGCGCUAGACCAGCAGUAUGAUAUUCUAGCUGAUUAUGCACUGGCGGGUGUGGAGGUGGAUGAGGAAGACGAAGGGUAUGGGUCUACGGGUGGGAAGAAGGGGAGGAGAAUAAAGGAGAUUGCGCAGUUUUGGGACGAGAGGUGGAGUAAGAAGAGAAUGAUUUCGGAUUUGGGGUUUUCUGCCAAGUUUCCAGAGCUCGUCCUAGCUUCCUACACAAAGAAUCCCUCCGCACCCCACGACCCGGACGGCCUCAUCCAAGUCUGGAAUCUACACAUGCACGACCGUCCCGAGUAUAUAUUCCACGCACAAUCCGACAUCUUGACCGCGAAAUUCUCACCCUUUCAUCCAAACCUCAUCAUCGGCGGUGCAUACUCAGGCCAAGUCCUGCUUUGGGACACCCGGGCCAAAUACGCUCCAGUCCAGAAGACACCACUUACAGGCUCCGGCCACACACAUCCCGUCUACUCUCUCGAUAUCGUGGGAACCCAAAACGCGAAUAAUAUCAUUUCAUGCUCCACGGACGGCGUGGUCUGUGGCUGGACUGUCGACAUGCUCUCCCAACCCCAAGAAUUCCUCGAACUUGCUUCACCACCUCCAGCAAAAACAGACGACAUGGCAGUAACAUGCAUCGCGUUCCCGCAAUCCGAUCCAACAUACUUCCUCGCCGGCACAGAAGAAGGUUCCAUCUACCCCUGCCACCGCUACGAUCGCGCCGGCGCAAAAGCCGGCGUAGACGGCCGCGUAAAAUACUCUGGCCACGCAGCCCCAGUCAUGAGUCUGGAUUUCCAUCCCGCAAAAGGCGCCAUCGAUCUCGGAGACCUUGUCCUCUCCUCAAGCGUCGACUGGAGCGUCAAACUCUGGAAAGUCCGGCCACCUGCCGCUACUGGUGGGGCUAGCAAUCACUCCGCCCCAGGUGCGUCCCAAAUCGUCACUCCUCUCCUAGAUAUCGCGCGUGAGGACCUGGUCUAUGAUGUCCGCUGGUCUCCGGCUAAACCCUCGGUCUUCGCGCUCGUAGACGGCGCGGGGAGUCUGGAGAUCUGGGAUUUGAAUGUUGAUGUUGAGGUUCCGGUGCAGAAGGUUUCGCCGAGUGAGAACAAACGGGGGCCUUUUGCGGCGUUGCAGUCAGGAAUGGGCUAUAUGAACCGGAGUCUGAACAAGGUGGCUUGGGAGAGAAAUGAGGGGAGGAGAGUGGGUGCCGGGGGAAUGGAUGGCGUUGUUACUGUGUUUGAGGUUGGUGUGGAGUUAGGGGGGUUGGAGAGGAGGGGGGAGGAGUGGAGUGGGGUUAAGAGGUUAGUUGGGAGGUUGGAGGGUGGGGAGGUUAGUGGGAAGUAG